AGGAGGAGGGGGAGGAACAGCCACCCCAGCUGCAUGUCCUCCCUGUUUGCACUCCUACCUCACCUGGGCACUCUGUCAGAGUUCCAGGAGACUCACAGACACACCUGCCUGGACUUUACCCUGCUGGGAGCCGUCGCCUAGACUACUGUCUGUGUCAACUGAAAGGACCUUAAGAAGCGGGAAAAGCACAGAGAGGGUCCUCUGAGAGGGUGUUGAACCACUCCACUAUCGUUAGGACUCAGGUAAGACGUGAGCGACAGCUUUUGGUUGAAAGACUAGUUUGAUUCGAGGACCAGCCUCAUGUGGGACUUGGCGGUGGUGUCGACAGUUGGGCGAGUCCCGUCAUGUCGAGGCGGAGCGGAUGAGCAGGUAGAGGCUCCACUCAGCUUCCUGACACACAUCUGAAGGGCACACACACUGGAUCUACACACGGGUGAACGCCUGCCUCUGAUCUUCGGCUCACACCCACUUCCUGCCUGAGAAGAGCGAGGACACGCGAGGACACGCGAGGACACGCGAGGACACGGGAGGACACGCGAGGACACGCGAGGACACGCGAGGACAGGAGGAUGCCGCUGAGGGCGUCUCUGCAGCGGAAGCCUGGGUCUGGGUACUGGUCGGGGCGCAGCCACAGGAGGAGGCAGGUGCUGUCGGUCAACAUGAUCAGCCUGCCACUGGCAGACUUCCGCCACGUCACCCACAUCGGGAACGACGGCCACGCGGACAGCUUCGGGGACCUGUCCUUCCUGAAGCGGGGACACAGCCUGCUGCUGCAGAGUUCCCAGAGCGAGCAGAACCUCUUCCUGGCCUGCUCCCCGCCCCCCAAGCCCCCGCGACUCAACCUGGACGAGCCCCCGCAAACAGACAGCCCCAGGUGGCCAAGCAUCCUUCACAGCUCCUCCCACAGGAGGACCAAGUGUAACUCCAUGCCCCUGCUGGACAGUGAGGUGGAGGAGCAGGGUCCCAGGCCCAGGGUGGGGGACAACUACAGCCCUGGCAGAUGCAGUCUGAGCUCAGGGAGAGACGGAGACUCCACCCUGACCUGCCCAGAGGACUCCACCCUGACCUGCCCAGAGGACUCCACCCUGCAGGAGGAAGACAGCGGCUUUUCCUUCAGCCUAGACCUGGGCCCCUCCAUCCUGGACGACGUGCUACAGGUGAUGGAGAAACUCCACCACUAAACAAGAAGACAGGCCCCAUGUUGGAGUUCAGUAAAAGGUCUUCACUGGCAGGAUUUGGUCGCACUAGCCCUGGAACCUAUCCUCUGGAACCUAUCCUCACACUAGACCUCUUUAUGACCUAAGUCAGAGACUAUAAGAAGAUACUGCAAGGCAGAGGACAUACUGAUAUCAUCUCUGACAUGAAGACUGUAGGAGUCAGUUUAACACAAGACUGUUUGAAUAGAACUGUGGCCUCACUCAAUUAGCAGCACGUAAGUGGUGAUUGGUUGAUGUCAGUGUACGUAAGAGGUGAUUGGUUGACGUAAGUGUACGUAAGAGGUGAUUGGUUGACGAAGCUACACCAUCAAUAGUGUGAGAUAAUCCAUCCCACUGGCAAGAAUUCUGCUUCUUUUAUUAAUGUAUCUAUUUCCACUACUUAUACUCAGUGAAGCAAAUUAUCUUUUUGAGUCGUAACCAGUUUAUAGAAAUUGUUCAUGCUAUAUACAUAUAAAUGAUCUAUCUGAAUGUAAGAGUAACUUUGACUUUGUUCUUUGAGGGUUCGAAGUUCAUGUUCUUUUAGCUUUUAUCUGUCACAGCAUUUGAUAAAGUCUGUGUCCAGUUAAUCAUUGAACUUUUAUUUCUGUCAAGUACUAGAGCAGUGAAGAGAGAACAUUCUAGUCUGUCUUUCUCAUUCUACACAUUUUUCCUGUUUCUCACUAAGGUGAUUGUUGACUUUAAGUGUUAUGUUGGGGAGGAGAAAAAAAAACCUCCAAGCUUUUCAAGGUCCCUGAGCUGUUAGGAUCUGGCUUUCUUGUUCCUCCGCUAUUUCUCCUUUGCACGCUUUCCAGUGGCAGUCCUGCAGGGUGCACGGAGGUGCCCCCUUCUCUACUGCUCAACAACACAGUGAAAACAAACAUUUGGCUCCGCUUCCAAUAAAGCCAGCCAGUGGUGGCAAGCCAGGCUGCAACCAGAGGCCCCCCCGCAAAGACGCCAGCAGCCAGCCAGAGCUGUUAUCUCAGCUGUAAAUAGCAGUCCCUGGUUGUGCUGAGUGGCGCGGGAGUGGGAAGGGGGCAAGGGGUAAGCCGAUACUUCCACAUGUUGGGGGCCCAGAGACAUCCAUUACUGCCCUGGGCUACUGAUGAGGGUUUAAACAGUACCUGCUGAGCAAACAAGGCCCAAGGCCCAACCCCCCCCCCCCCCCCCCCCCCCCCCCCCGGCCCCCUGGACCUCAUAGCCACCUGCCAGGGACCCAGGUUCCAGGCCCCUUGCUAACAUAGGAACAGCAUCAGAUCAAGUCCCUUUAUCUGCUCUAUGCAUCUUAUUAUACAUCUGGUGUAAUAUACUUCAGGGUGUUAUUUAUUAUUGUUUAUGAAAAUAACGCUGGCUGAACAGUGAGUGUUUUACUGUAUAGAUUGUUUUAUUAUUUUCUACGGGGGAACUCCAAAUCUUGUCAACUUCAAAGAAUUGCACUGAUGAGCAUUCUGAAAGGCUUGUAUAAAACUGUUUACACACUU